AUGCCGACCGACAAGCGAACGCUCCGCUCCAACGGCGAGAAGGCUCGCUCCAAUUCGCAACCCUCCAACAAAGAUAAGCCGGCCCCUGCCGCCCGCUCUACCCGAAGUAAGGCCUCUCACAAACCCAAAGCUGCAAUGCCAGACGACACGAAUGGCACGGAGCCUCUUGAAAAUGGCAUCCACGGGUCUGAGGACGUGGAGAUGGGUGGAGAUGGUGCAAAUGCAAAUGGUGAUGAAGAGAUGACUGUAGUGUUGCCUGCUUCGAAGACACCCCAGUUUUCAGCAGAGCUUGAUCAAGAUAUGGCGCAGCUUGGAGAAGGCAAUGAUCCAAAAUCAAAGGCAUUAUCUGAUAUCAAAAACAAUUUUGUCCUCUUAGACCGUGCUGUCACCCACUUUGACCCGCGGUUUACGCUACGGGUCCUUCGAUCAAUUUCGUCCUUGCGAAAACAAUUAUCCAUAAGUCUUCUCUGUCAACUAAUUAUUGAGACAUAUCAUCGCUCCGACUCAAGAGCAUUGUUCUUGUUAAAGGCGUUGGGCAAAGAAGAUGCCUUUUUGAAAAACGACACUGAUCCCGACAUUUCGAUGGAUAUUGAUAGUGUAUCGAAGAAUUCUAAAUCUGACACGCCAAAAGAAGUUAUACCGGAAAUAGACAUUUAUCUUUCGAUUCUGGUUCAGAUCUUUUUCUACGACAACAAAGCAACCCGCCGGGGGGCCGAAUUUUCAAGUGCCCUUGUGGAAAAGCUUCAAACUUUGAACCGUCGUACCCUUGAUGCUCUGGCAGCCCGAGUCUACUUCUACUACUCUCUCUUCUUUGAACAACUGGCCCCAGCACCCCCAUCUCCUGGUGCUGCUGUUGUUUCAAUUAGGCAACCGUUGCUGACAGCUUUACGGACGGCAGUGCUUCGAAAAGAUGAAGAUGUACAGGCAACUGUUAUAAAUCUUCUCCUUCGAAAUUAUCUUUCCACCUCUCACAUUUCCCAGGCAAGCUUGUUUGUAUCUCACACAGAAUUCCCGCAGAGCGCUUCCAACAGCCAGAUUGCUCGAUAUCUCUAUUAUCUGGGCCGGAUUCGAGCAGUUCAACUGCGCUAUACUGAAGCGCACCAGCAUCUAAUUAGCGCAACUCGCAAGUCGCCUUCAUCCAAUUGUGCCGCUGGCUUCUACCAGGCAUCUAAUAAACUUCUCGUUGUUGUGGAGCUGCUGAUGGGUGACAUCCCCGACCGAGCCAUUUUCCGUCAACCUGCUCUUGAGCGUGCCAUGUCCCCAUACCUCCUCCUCGUUCAAGCAGUCCACGUUGGUGAUUUGGAUGGGUUCCUCAAGGUGGUUCAUGCUCACGGCGCUACUUUCCGGGAAGACGGGACAUACACUCUGGUUCUUCGACUGCGCCAAAAUGUGAUCAAAACCGGUAUUAGAAUGAUGUCGCUCUCUUAUUCGCGUAUCUCAUUGCGAGAUAUCUGCCUUCGCUUGGGACUUGACAGCGAGGAAUCCGCAGAGUACAUCGUUGCAAAAGCUAUCCGCGAUGGAGUCAUCGAGGCAACCAUCGACCAUGAACGCGGAUACAUGAAAAGUAAGGAAAUUGGUGAUGUAUAUGCCACCAAAGAGCCUGGCGAAGUGUUCCAUGAGCGCAUCCAGGCAUGCUUAAACCUCCAUGAUGAGAGCGUUAAGGCUAUGAGAUUCCCCAUGAACCAGCAUCGGUUGGAGCUUAAGAAUGCCCAGGAAGCCCGAGAAAGAGAACGUGAGCUCGCCAAGGAGAUUGCAGAUGGGGACGUGGACGAUGACGAUGCAGGCGGCGAGUUUGACGGAAUCUAG